GGUUUUCUCCAUAAGAAGAACGGGCAUGCUUCAAUGUCUUGGACGUCGAGAUCAUGCGAACAGUGGUGCUGCGAGCACGUAUCUAUUCAACAGAGAAGUCAGCAUUGGAUUCUCAUUCAUAUCCUCCUCAUAGCGCUAUGGAAGUGCGCCGGUAACAAGUGGAACCAAGGCGAUCUGGUCACAUUUGCACCAAGACCUCGUACAUCCACACGUCGUACCAAGGGUACCACCAAGGACCUCCUGACAGUCUGUAAGCAUUUUCUGUUUUGAAUGCACCUCGCAUGGGCUUCCAAACGUUUGCCCGCUCAUCACAUAUUAUUUCUCGAGUCCAACUCUGCACCACAUAGAUAAGGGCGCUAAAACGCGCGUAGCGUAACAGCGAUCGUGUGUGACACAGCGUGAUGUCACAUCACACGUCACUGAAUGGCGCAAGAACGAGCCCCUCAACAUACGAAAAGAAAAUAUAUCAACAGUUUGAAUUCAAGAACAGGGUCCAACUGUCAAUAAUGUCCCCCUCAACAAAGGCAAUGAACGAAGAUCUUCAAAGCAUCCUGUACACCAUCGUGUAAUGCAAUGUAAUCCAACCAAUUAUCCCAAGAAUCAAGGCACAUGAAAACAUGAGAU